CCUCCCAAAAUAUUGCUUUUGACAUUCUUUUUUAUUAUUUACGCUUUGAAUUCAAAAUCAACUAUAUGUAUGUAUUCAUUUUGAUACAUUACAAGUUAAAGAUUCUAAAAAGUUAUACUUCGUAUAUAGGAAAUGAUAUGGUUUUUAAUAUUUGUAACUAGUGUGUGAUUUGAGUGAUACUUCGGAUGUUACGUUGAAGGUCUUUUAUUAAUUAUUUUUUUUUAUUGUUUUAUUAAAGAGCUUGAAAGAGAAUCCUGCAUUAAUCAUGUGCGGCAUAGAGAAUCCUGUGCAUCCAAGGCGAAAGAAGUUUUUUAAACGAGUAUUAAAAGUUAGGUGCAAUGCGUGGCUUUGCAUGUGAUCCGGUGAGAUAGAUAAGGGUUUUUUUUUAUCCCCAAAAGGUGAGCACCUUCUGCUUUCAUUGACGUUUUAGAUCUCUAGUACUACUAACCUAACCGUAUAAAUUUAUUUUAUUAUUAUCAUUACUCCGUAUAUUUUUCUAAAGCUCUCCACAACGUGUUAAAAGAAAUGACAGAAGGCAGAGGGUAUCAAAAUUCAAUGAUGACUACCAUUUGCCAGAAAUCCUUUUUUUUUUUUUUUUUUUAAUUAUAAUUUCUAACAGCAGUUGGUUAAAGUAGUGACGUCUAGAACUAGAAUUGCGGUUUUUUGUUUUUAAAGCAAAAUAAAACACAGAGAAAAGAAAGCCCAGACAGCGAGACAGGAUAUGAAUUGCAACUACUCCAUAAGUGAUGAUGGUUUGACAUGAGAGGAAGAGAGAAGGGAAUCCCGAGGUUUUUGUUUGGUUUCAACGUAAUCAAAUGAAGCAGCCAAAUAGACUACACGUAUACACACACAUACAGUCCAAGUGUGGAACUGGAUACUACUGUCUACUGGUGUGUAUUGUGAGGUAAACAAAGUUUGAAAAAUGGAAGAAAGUGGUAAGAGAAACGUGACAACAACGAGAAGAACAGCGACUACCAGAAUUGAUAUGGGCCGAGUCAAGGUUGGCCAUGCUACUGGCAUCAAUCACCCAGAAAUGAGUUCGAAGCCCCUGGGCGGAAAGCGAAAAAUCUGGAAUUCAACUUCCACUACUGCAGUCGUCAUUGCCAAACAACAGCAGCAGCAGGUCCUAGAGAGUCCCAUUUCCGAUCCUACGAGUGCUGUUUCUAAUUCCAAUCACAAUAUUAGAUCUCCGACUCAGAUGCUCAAGAAGACGAGAUCUGAACCACUCAAGGAGGUCAGCUCAACCAAUGAGACUCAAUUGAUCAAGGUUAAUUCCGAGAAUUGGGAUCAUUUAACAAGUAUCACCAACUCCAACUCUCCCAAUCAAAGCCCCACAAGUAAUGUAGCAGCUCAUUCAUCCAAUAUGAACCCCAAAUUGACCCUUUGUGAUUCAAAUCAACAUGACCUGCUGGAUAAUAAUGUCAACGAUUCCGAUAAUACCCAAGAUCAGGAUGUGACUGCCUUUGUGAAUACUUGUGGUACAGAGGAGGUGAAGAUGGAGGCGGUUCAAGUAAGUCCCAAAGAAAAGAUAAUCAGUUCUAGUAGUGAUCAUCAUACACUUUAUGUUAAGCAUGGAGAAAAGAAUGAGCUUGUUGACAGUCAUGAUAAACAUUCAGAAACACAUGAUCAAGGCAGUAGUGAUAAACUGAUUCAACUUGAUCUUUCUAAAGAAAGCUCCAUUAAAAACAAGACUAAGAAGGAGCUAAGUCCAUCUGCUACCAAGAGCAGUGUAGGCCUUACUACAGGUGCUAAGUCAAUUCCAAGCCCCCACCCUUCAACCACAACUACAACUUCGACUCCAACUUCAACAACAGCCUGCUGCAAACCCCUUUCACCCCGAUCAAAAUCAACCAUCGGUGCCCCAACUUCAACUACUACGCGAGAGGCCUUAAAUGAAUAUGAUACCUCCACACAUAGCAAGCUUCAGACUUUAGUGGAUUUGGUGAUGUGGAGAGAUGUAGCCAAAUCAGCAUUCAUUUUUGGCUUCGGAACCUUCAUUAUAAUCUCAUCCUCCUAUGCAAAAGACUUCAAUUUCAGCCUCAUUUCAGCUGGCUCCUAUAUAAGUCUUGUCUAUCUCGUCAUUGUGUUCUUGUACAAGUCAUUUAUGAGAAGAGGACUCAUGGAUAGAGAAGAUAGGCGGCGUGAAAACUAUGUCUGGGGAGAAGAAGAAGCAGUUUGGCUUGUAAAGCUGGUUCUUCCUUAUCUGAAUGAAUUUCUUCUCAAGAUAAGAGGAUUUUUUUCUGGAGAUCCUGCCAUGACAAUGAAGUUGGCAGUGGUGUUAUUUGUCUUGGCAAGGUGCGGCAGCUCCAUCACUGUUUGGAAGAUGUUGAAGUUGAGCUUUUUUGGAGUUUUCGUCAUUCCCAAACUCUGUUCUUCCUAUUCUACUCAGAUUACUGCACACGCCAAGUUUUGGGUUGGGCGUUUCCGAGAUGCCUGGGAGUCAUGCUCACAUAAAAAAGCUCUAGCAUUCGCUAUCUUCACCAUCAUCUGGAAUUUUUCUUCAGUAGUUGCUCGUGCAUGGGCAGCCUUCAUGUUGUUCGUGGCUUUUCGAUACUAUCAGCAAUCUUUGAUCAGUGAUGAUUUUGUGGAGGUCAAGGAGCAGACUGGAUUACACACACACAACGUUCAGAGAAGACAACAUUUAGCAAGACAAGGAUGCAGAAUCCCAACUUCAUUAGAGCAAAAGAAACAAAAGAAGAGCUUCUGAUCUAACUCGCACAAAUCCAAGUACUUCGAAAAGAUAGAUGGUUUGUGAGAGACUGAGGGUAAAUGAAGUUGAACGUGCGCACUUUAUACAGAUAUAGUUACUUAGUUAGUCUUACCAGCCCAUGUCUAGCUUCAAUAUUGUUAACACCCCUCAACCAAUUUAUUAUGUAAAUGUCCAUGCACUAUCUGAUUAUCAUAAAAGGACCGGCUGUUUUUGUCAUUCAGCAAACAGUCUUUGUCCAUUUCCGUCCACGCUCAUUGCUGGUAAGACUUAAACAAUCCAAGAUUAUAUGGUGUUGACACA